ACUUAUUUAUAUAUGGAAUUGAGAAUUAUUUUAUUUAUAUAUGUACUCUCUUUCUUCCCACACACCACAUGCCAUAUCUUAAUUAGAAACAGACGACAUAUAACAUAUUGAUAUUGCACAGCAGAAGAAGACAACAAAAGCAGGACAAGACAACAAUGGAGAACGGAGACAUGGUAGCAAACACUAACAAUACGACCCCGUUGUUGGACGCAGGUGACCACGAAGACGCAGGUGAUCACGAAGAGGGGUGGUGGAACAAGGUGCUGGACUUAGAGGAGGCAAAAAACCAGGUGUUGUUUUCGUUGCCGAUGAUUCUGACCAACGUUUUCUUUUACAUGAUCCCUCUGAUUUCUGUCAUGUUUGCCGGCCAUCUCGGUGAGCUUCAGCUUGCCGGUGCAACCCUUGCAAAUUCUUGGGCCACCGUCACCGGCUUCGCUUUCAUGGUUGGAUCAAGUGGAGCUCUAGAAACGUUGUGUGGGCAAGGAUUCGGCGCAAAGUUAUAUAGAAUGCUGGGGAUUUAUCUACAAGCCUCUUGCAUCAUUUCAUUCCUGUCCUCUAUCGCUGUAUCCGUAGUCUGGUUCUAUACAGAGCCAAUACUUAUCUUAGUUCAUCAAGACCCUCAAAUUUCAAAAUAUGCAGCGCUUUAUAUGAAAUUUCUUAUCCCUGGAUUGUUUGCAUAUGGCUUCCUGCACAACAUUUUGAGAUUUCUUCAGACGCAAUCUGUUGUCAUGCCACUGGUCUACUUCUCGGUGAUCCCAGUGGUUCUUCAUGUUGGAAUUGCAUAUAGUCUGGUACAUUGGACAGGUCUUGGUUAUGUGGGAGCUCCGCUGGCAGCUUCGAUUUCAAUAUGGAUAUCGAUGCUAAUGUUGGCCACGUAUGUUUUGUGCGCAAAGAAGUUUGAGGUUACGUGGGAAGGGUUUUCAUUAGAAUCAUUUCAUUAUGUCCUCUCCAACUUGAAACUUGCUCUACCCUCUGCAGCAAUGGUAUGUUUAGAGUAUUGGGCCUUCGAGAUUCUGGUGUUCAUGGCAGGAGUGAUGCCAAACGCAGAACAAAACACUUCCCUAAUUGCAAUCUGCGUGAAUACAGAAGCAAUUGCAUACAUGAUUACAUAUGGCCUCAGUGCUGCUGCAAGCACAAGGGUGUCAAAUGAAUUGGGAGCAGGCAAUCCUGAGAAAGCAAAGAAUGCAAUGGCUGUGACUCUUAAGCUUUCUAUACUUCUCGCUCUAGUUGUUGUUCUGGCACUGGCAUUUGGUCACAAUUUAUGGGCCGGCUCCUUCAGCAACAGCAGUGUAAUAAUAAAACUAUUUGCUUCCAUGACACCAUUGCUUGCAGUUUCAAUAAUUGCUGAUUCUGUGCAAGGCGUCUUAUCAGGAGUGGCCAGAGGAUGUGGGUGGCAGCACUUGGCUGUGUAUGUAAACUUGGGAACAUUCUAUUUGGUUGGCAUGACAGUUGCAAGUGUUCUUGCAUUUAAGUUGAAACUAUAUGCUAAGGGGUUGUGGAUUGGUUUAAUCUGCGGUCUUUCAUGCCAAACCGCCCUACUUUUGGUGGUUACGCUACGCACAAAAUGGACUCGACUGGAUUUACCUCGUAAUGCAGAUGCAGUUUUGGCCUAACUGAAGGUCACAUAGAACUAGUAAACAACAUAGACCACAUAGGCAACCUAUUUGACUAGUUUAUGGAAUUUGAAGAACUUAUUUAUUGCAGAGAAAAAGACUCUGGAUGUUGGAGUUUUCUCGAAAGUAAGUUAUCAAAAAUUAGUCAGUCGAGCGGAAUUUGGAUGCUACUGGUGAACAAGUUUUACAGAUUGAGAAUUGGAACUAUAGCUAAAAGAAACUAAGAUGCA